AUGCUUGAUUUAGACCCUUCACCCGAGCAAUUGCUAUCCACUUAUGGACUUAGCACACCCCGUCCAAAAGAUCGUAAAGAUGUGCGCAACAUUGACCAAUCGUACCCGGAAAACUUGUCAGGGCUCUCCAUUGAAGAGUCAUUUCAACUUAUGAAGUCAAUUCUCGCCUUGGACGAUCCAGAUGCAAAUGAGUGUGAGCCGACUAAAGGUCAUGAAUUGGAGGACCCACUAAAGGGACGUGGGUCUAAUAUCGUUGUUGACCUUAUGAAGAGAGGAAUUAUAUCGUCACCAGAGGAUCCUCUGGUAAAAGAUUACUUAAUAAGUUCACAAACAUUCAAGCCUUACAAGUAUUUAACCACAAUCCAUAAAGAUACCCCAUUGAAAGUUUUGGACGAGUCGCUACACUUUUUGGACAAAAGUAUUCAAUCUUAUACAAGAGAUUUACAGGCCUCCCUUGAUUCCAAUAUUACAAAUGCGUUAAACGUUAAAGUAGAAAUGGAUGGAACAUUACAAGGAUUUAAGCAGCUGAAAACCAAACUGCAAGAGGAUAAGGAGGUAUCUAAGUAUUUCAACCCUCAGCGACAUAGGUCGAAAGCAUCCGAUGGUGUUGGUAGCGGAGAUAUAUCUUCAGAGCUUGAACUGUCAUUGAACAACUUGGCGACUACAAACACUUUGAUGAUAAGGCCCAUUAUUGAAAAUAAGGCCAAAGAAGACACACUUAACGUUAUAUUGGACUUUAUAAAGUCAAACUCCUUCUUGUUUGAUAUACCUCGCAAAUUGAUCAAUUCGCUUGCGGCAAAUGAUAGCCAUCAAUUUAUUGAUGAUUACACUCGAUAUGAUCGAGAAAAGAUGCAUGUGUUAAAAAGAAUCAACAGCUCCUUUCAAUCCGAUGUCGAUAAGCUCAAACAAUCAAAUGAUGGUGUACAGGAUGAAGCUGCCCUUAACUCUUUGAACAAGAUCAGACUUCUGAAACUCACCAUUAUAGCAAAAGUCUUUCAGGAAAUAGAAGUAAUUGCCAGUCAAUUUAGGGAUAAAACUUAUCAGGAAUUAUCAUCGUUGGACCAUGAGGCAAGUAAAAAUCAAAGUUCAAUUAGUGGAGCUGGCUCUCGCAACAAAGAUGAUCAAAAGUUUAUGUCGUUGGUGGAAAACUUGUCUAAAAUUGAGAGUGCACGUGGUCAGAAUAACCAAUCGGACCCAAUAGGAGUUUUCUUGAAUAAACAAAUUGAGGUUUUGGUGAGCGAUUUCGAAUACCAAGAAAAGAAGUUUGAUUCCAAGUUUGCGUUAAUGCAAAAAAAGUUGAUAGAUUAUGUGGCUUCCUUAAGAGCAGAAAGGAGACAGGGAUCGCAUUUAAGUUAUAUUUCAGAAAAGUAUGAAACCUAUAAAAAUGAAAUCAAGUUAGCCAAGAACAAGGAGGAGAAAAUGUUGGCUAUUGACGAAGCGUUUGAGAGUGGAGAUGCCCUCGAUAUCAGUUUGGUCAAUGAAACAUGGUUGGUGUUGGUCAAUUUUAUGAGCUAUAUGGAAACAAUAUUCAUCAAAUUAGUUGGAAAAUUUGCAAACAACUAUAGCAGUUAUUACAAAUUGAAUGUGGAUCCUAGUGGGUUGAUACGUGGUCAAUUCUUUCAAGCAAUAAAUGAAGCAGUGGACCUUUUAGUUAGAUUGUUUCAAUCGGAGACCAAUUCCAAUGACAACAAGGAAGUUAACAACUUGGAAUCCAUGCCUGCAAACUAUCGUCAGUUUGUUCCCUGCUAUUCAAACUCUUUAUCAACAAUACACCAGUUGAGCAUAAUCCAAACAAAAGUAAACCGUGUAUUAACGAAGUUGGGUAUUGCGGUUACCACCAUUGGGAAUGUCAGCAAGUUUGAAGAUACGAACAAACAAUUGAAGGCCUUGAAAAGUGCCUCACUGCAUAUAAAUCAGAAAAUUUUAGAGGCAGUAUGCUCUACUUGGAUUAAUGAUUGUUCUCAAUUCUACGAUUUGGAAGAUUGGAAGAUUGAGGAUAGAUAUAAUGCCAAAGAUGGGUCGUGCACCAAGUUGAUCAAUGUGAUUGAGUAUUAUCAGUUAUACAUGAUUUCCAAGAUUGGUGGAAUCAUCCUCAGCAAAGAAAAAGAAAGUCAGGAUGAAUUGCAGGUAAACAUUGUUGCUUCGUAUCCGAGCAAACGGGUUCUCAUGAGUAUUGAGAUACAAUUUAUGAGGACAUUGAAUAUUAUUGUCGACUCCUUGAUGAAGAAGUACAAUAUAGACCGUCUGUCUCCAUCAAAGAAAAAAGGUACCAGUAUUGAGGUUUUUAAAAUCCUUACUGUUAAUAACUUGGACAAGUUGUCAAGAACCACAUACCCACUAUUGAUUUUCCAGUUUGAUCAACGCUUUGGUAAAGAUUUGUCCAAGCAAAAGCUUAAGUUAUUUGCGGACAUUGAUAAGGCUAGCUUGACUAUACUUGAUGACAUAUUGGCAAAUGAAAAAGAAGUUAUUUCUUCUGUAACGAGUGGAUUUUUCAGUCGUAUAUCUGAAUCUCAGAAUGAGGCGAACUUUGAGGUAAACUUCUUGUCAAUUGAUGGAUUUGUAUUUGAAGUUUUGAUGCAUUUCGUAAAACUUGUUCAUAAACUUAAACCAUUAACGAGUGGGGAUAUUUUCAUCACAAUUAUCAAUGAGCUACAAUACAGCUUUUUGAAGAGUAUUAAAGAUGGAUUGGGAAGCGUCAAUAUACGCAACGUUUUCAUAUUAUACAACUUGAAAUUGGAUUGUAAUUUCUUGCAUAGUGUGUUUGAGACGUCUAAGGGGCUUAGAUUGAACGACUCGACAUUUAGCUUGUUGCAAAAUCUUUUGGAAAACAUCAGCACUCAAAUUACCGAGUGUGAUACUCCUCGCGGUAAUGAUCAAUACAGCGACACAAUAUUCAAAGAGAGAUUGAAAACAUAUUUGAAAUCGUCAAAGGCGCAAUUUGAAUGCUUUUGA